AUGGCACAAAAAAUAGCAGAGAGCGAUGUGGAAGCGCAAAGCAACCACUUGGGUAGCAUUCUUACUCCUAGAGUUUCGCCUGUACCUUUUACCAUGGAUGGCCUGAGUCGUACCACCUCGAGAACCACCUCGAGAACCUCCAGAACCGCAGUUUCUGAAGAUACUGAGAAUGAGAGGGUUGACUCAAGGGUUAGAAUGAGCUACGUUGAGCCGGACGACAAGACAAAUUCCCACCAUAUGGUUGAAACCAGCAAAUCAAACUCUCCGGAUGACAUGAGCCCACCUGAUGAUGGCAACACCGCAAUUGAAGAAACUUAUCGAAAAAGUUCUGGAACGAGAAUCAUUCUCUUAUUAUCCUCUGUAUUUGCGAGUUCAUUCUUGGUCGGACUAGACAGGAAUAUCCUCUCAACGGCCAUCCCCAAAAUUACCGAUGAAUUCAACUCUACUAACGACGUCGGAUGGUACUCCAGUGCCUUUACGUUGACUUGUUGUGCAUCCCAACUUCUGGUUGGAAAAUUCUAUACCUUUUACUCAGUCAAAACAGUCUAUCUGAUUAGUGUGCUUCUCCUCGAAGUCGGAUCUGCUGUGUCCGGGUCAGCCGCAAGUUCCAUUGCCUUGAUUAUCGGUCGAGCGAUAGCUGGCCUCGGUGCGUCAGGGAUUUACGCAGGAUGUGUGGUCUGCAUUAUGUAUACAAUCCCCUUGGAGAAACGUCCGAUUCUGCAAAGCCUUUCCAUGGCAAUUGUCAGUAUUGCGAGUAUUGCUGGGCCCUUGAUUGGAGGCUCCCUUACAUCUAAGGUCUCUUGGAGAUGGUGCUUCUAUAUCAACUUGCCCCUCGGUGGCACAGUUGUGAUCGUAAUGUUCUUCUGCAUGAAGAUGCCUGACCGUGAAGAGACCAAACUCCAUUGGAAAGAAAAGAUCAUGAGCUUGGAUCUUUUGGGUACCCCCGUCAUGAUGGCCUGGGUUAUAUGUCUGCUGUUAGCGCUUGCCUGGGGCGGACAGACAAUGGCGUGGUCCUCCGCGGUUAUAAUUGUCUUGUUCGUUCUCACGGGAGUAUUCCUGUGUGCAUUCAUUGCGAUCCAAGCCUUGACCCCUAAGACUGCCACUAUCGCCCCCAGGAUCUUAAAGCAACGGAGCGUUAUCUCUAGCUGCUGGACAGCCAUAUUUUAUGGUGGAACGCAGACCGUUAUCGCUACUUAUAUUCCAAUGUGGUUUCAGACCAUCAACAGCGAUACAGCCAUCACCUCUGGAGUUCGAAUGUUGCCCACAAUUAUCGCUGCAAUUGUCGCGUCGAUUCUUUUUGGAUUUCUUGUGCAAAAGAUUGGAUACUACACGCCGUUCGCCAUCUUUGGCUCUUGCUUGACAUCGAUUGGCGCGGGCCUGCUCACUACGGUGUAUGUUAGUAUGAAAGAGCCCAACUGGAUCGGAUACCAGAUUCUUCUCGGUUUCGGUCAGGGUUUGUGUUCUUCAGCGCCGAACCUUGCAGUCCAAGCUGUGUUACCGACCAAGGAUGUCCCUCUUGGGUCUUCACUAGUGAUAUUCGUUCAACUACUCGGGUCCACUGUCUUUGCUUCAGCAGGGGAAAACAUUUUCUACAGCCAACUGAUUAGCCAUCUGACGCGGGUGCCUGGAUUCACCAAGGGUAUGGCCACAUCGAGCGGUGCCACGACUCUCAUCGACGUGCUUCCUGUGAACUCUAGGCCCCAGGCUCUGACUGGUUAUAAUGAAGCUUUGCGCUCCGUAUUUUACUGUAUGUUGGCAUUGGCAUGUCUGACUAUUUUGGGUACUGUGACAAUGGAGUGGAAGAGCAUUUUGAAGAAACCGGCGAAGUCACCCGCCGCGCCCGAAGAAGGACAAGCAGAAGAACAGGGAGAAACAGACGGCAUAGAAGGAGUGGAGAUCAGGUUGAGACCUCAUCCUCGUACUGACAGGGUCAUGCUCUCAGUUGCAACAAGCGUCCUGUCGGACUCUGCUGUCAUUGCUUGA